AGAAAUUUUUUUCCCGCAAACCCUAAAGCCUCUUCGGCACUUCCUCCUCCCUAACCCCUCACCCCGCCGCCGCCACCUCUAACCUCCAGAUCUAAUUCACCAUCGCCGCCGCAACCAUGGGCUUCGACGUGGGCGUCGUCCCUUCCCACCCCGACGGCUGGGGCCCUCCUGACGUGCCUGCGAUUCCGCAGUCCCUGGGCGGCGGCGCCUCCGUCCCCUUCGCGCCCUUCUCCCGCUCUGACAAGCUGGGACGCAUCGCCGACUGGACGCGCAACCCCGCUGGCCCCGCCGCCUUCGCCGCGGCUUCCCGCGACUCCGUCUUCGACUUCACCUCCGCCGACGACUCGCUCGUCGCCGGGGCCGAGGACUCCUCUUUCCGCCUCGUCGACGCCAAGCCGCCGCCGCGCCAGCCGCGGUUCGGCCCCAAGUGGCGCUUCAACCAGCGCCCGCAGCUCCCGCAGCGCCAGGACGAGGAGGUGGAGGCGCGCCGCCGCUUGGCCGAGAAGGAGCGCGCCCGCCGGGACCGCCACUUCCAGAACAACCGCUCACACCACCACCCUGGCUUCCGGGGCAACCAGUCCUCGUCGUCGGCCAAGCCCUCCGUCGACAUCCAGCCCGACUGGACCAUGCGUGAGCAGAUCCCCUUCGCCAACUUCACCAAGCUCUCCUUCUCCGUCGCCGACCAGCCCGAGGACCUCCUCCUCUGCGGCGCUGUCGAGUUCUACGACCGCGCCUAUGACCGCGUCAACCCCAAGGCCCCGCGCCGUCUCGAGCGGUUCAAGUCCCGCAACUUCUUCAAGGUCACCACCACCGACGAUCCUGUCAUCCGCCGCCUCGCCGAGGAGGACAAAGCCACGGUGUUCGCCACUGAUGCCAUCCUCGCCGCGCUCAUGUGCACGCCCCGCAGCAUCCAAUCAUGGGACAUUGUCGUCCAGCGCGUGGGCAACAAGCUCUUCUUUGACAAGCGUGAUGGUUCCCAGCUUGACCUGCUCACAGUCAAUGAGACUGCACAGGAGCAGCUCCCUGAGAACAAGGAGGACAUCAACUCAGCGCACUCACUCGCUGUUGAGGCCACCUACAUCAACCAGAACUUCUCACAGCAGGUGUUGCACCGUGAAGGUGAGAAGGUUACCUUUGAUGAGCCUAACCCGUUUGCUUCUGAGGGUGAGGAGGCAGCAUCUGUUGGCUACCGCUAUCGCCGCUGGAAGCUGGAUGAUGAGAUCAGCCUUGUUGCUCGUUGUGAGGUGCAUGCUGUCAAUGCUGAUCCAAGUGGUGGUCGUCAGUUCCUUACUCUCAAUGCUCUCAAUGAGUUUGAUCCUAAGAUUACAGGUGUUGACUGGAGGCAGAAGCUUGAGACCCAGCGUGGUGCUGUCCUUGCUACAGAGCUCAAGAACAAUGCGAACAAACUUGCUCGCUGGACUGCCCAGGCUUUGCUUUCUGGUGCUGACAUGAUGAAGUUGGGCUAUGUUUCACGGGUGCAUCCACGUGAUCACUACAACCAUUCUGUACUCACUGUAAUGGGGUACAAGCCAAGGGAUUUUGCUGCACAGAUCAAUCUCAAUACUGCUAACAUGUGGGGAAUCGUCAAGUCAAUUGUGGACAUUUGCAUGAGGUUUGAAGAGGGCAAGUAUGUGUUUGUGAAAGAUCCAGCAAAGCCACAGGUUAGGAUCUAUGAGGUGCCCUCUGAUGCGUUCGAGAACGAUUAUGUUGAAGAGCCACUUCCAGAGGAGGAGCAGGUUCGCCCGCUUGCUGAUGUUGAUGCCACUGCACAAGAAAUGGAUGCAGCUGCUGAGGCAGAGGCCAACGGUGCAUUGGUUGCUAACGGUGGUGAGGGUGACAAGGGUGCAGAGGCUACUGCUGCUUGAAGGGCAUAGAAUGUUUCCCUGUUUCCUUGCAAGAUAGGUCUUUCUUUUGGCUAAUUAUCUGUUUUGAUGGAUACCUUGAUGAGUUGAACUUCCGGUUAUUGAUACUUUGUCUCGUUUUGGUCAUUGAGGAUACUGUUACUCUCAUUUUACAUGCUUAGGCAUGUAAGUUUUGUUAGCACCUAUCAGUUGAAAUUGAGUGACUAUGCUGGUAAUUUAAUUGUUUGUGCUGCCGUUUGUCA